UUGCAGUUAGCAAAGGAAAAAGGAGAGACUGUCGACGGUGAAAAACCAAAAGAGGAAUCCAAGAAUUCUAAAGAUAAUACCGAUUCGAAGCAAGAAGACAAUCUUGUUCCGUUUAAAAUUCCAAUCCCUCCACCGAAAGCACCAGAAAAAUCCCUUCAUGCUAUCCAUGACUUUGAGAUUGAUAUUAAUGUCCCUGUGGAUGUAAAUGGAAUUUUGGAUGACAACGGAUCUGGAAUGCAUCGACCUGUGUCGUCACCUAUUAUUACCGGCCAAGGGACUCCGUCGGUUCUUGGUAGUGUUAGUGGUGCGGGUACUGCAAGGAAUGGCGAGAUGCCUGCUCGGCGACUUUUGAACCUCCAGGAGUAUAAAAAGAAAAGAGGUCUUAUUUAA